UUGUUGUCAAUAGUUGGCACUGACUGCGGCCGCAUGGCCCACUGCCUACACGACCCCAUGCGCCCCGCGCCCACCAUGGGCUACCGGACCACAGCGCUGACACGGCUACGUGUGUGGCUGCGCGCGCGGAGCGCGCUGGUCUUCUUCUUCAUUUGUCUUGCUGUUGUUGCUGCUGUGAGCAAGGAGCCCUGGCUGCCAACCUUCGCGCUGACCUGGGCGGCGUACCGACCACGGUCCGCGGGGUCGCGGCUGUUCAACUGCAAGAGGGACGUCCGGGUGUCCACCCACUUCGGGGCCGAGGACAUGUCGGACACGCAGGCAGAGGCUGAUGUUGAUCGUGAAGACGGCCGGGAAGGAUGGGAGGUCAUCGUGCUGUUGUGUGCACUUGGCAUUAUGAUCAGCUAUGCAGAUCGAUCCAAUAUCUCCAUUGCCAUCAUUGGUAUGGCGGCAGACUUUCAGUGGGACAAGGCGUUUGAAGGGACCGUGCUUUCUGCCUUCUUCGGAGGCUAUGCUGGCACGCAGCUCCUGGGAGGCCAGUUAGCCGAUGCUUUAGGUGCCAAAUGGGUCUUGGCAGGAGGACUCAGCUGCUGGUCCUUGGCCACUGCUUUGACCCCGUUGGCUGCCGCCUGGGGUGCUCUGCCGCUCUUGGCCACCCGUCUGGCCUUGGGACUUGGCGAAGGAGUGGCCUUUCCAGCCGUGCACAGCGCCAUUGGGCGCUUGGUGCCCCGCGAAAAGCAAUCCUCCGCUGUGGCUCUGGUCACGGCCGCCUCCUACGCAGGGGCAGGGCUCGCUUUCCUGCUGGUGCCGGGACUCAUACAGGCCUAUGGUUGGCAGGUGUCCUUCUUUGGCUUUGGUGCUCUUGCUCUUCUCUGGCUGCCGCCCUGGCUACUGCAGGAUGUUCCAAGUGGCAGGUCCUCCGGAGCCACGGCGGAUUGGUCCCCCUCGAAGCUCCAGAAAAGCUUUGGAGACACGUUGGAGGAGCUCCUACCGCUGAUGAAGACGCCUGAAGUGCUGGCCAUUUGCGCGGCUCAGUACACCAAUGGCUUUGGGCUCUAUGGACUCCUCAGCUGGCUUCCGACCUUCUUCUCUGAGCAAUACGGUAUCUCCUUGUCGGAGCUGCCUGCUCUGACCACAGUGCCCUACGUCUUGCAGGCUCUGGUGGGCUUGGCCGUGGGCGCCGCUGCCGACCGCGCGCUGGCGCAGGGCCUCUCCGUGGGCCUCGUGCGGAAGACCUUGCAGACCGUGGGAAUGCUGGUUCCUGCUGUAGCUCUGCUGGUGGCAGCUUCUCCGAUGACAAAGGACCCUUCCACCGCAGGGCUGCUAGUGGACCUGGGACUGGCCGCCAACGCCCUAACCUUAGGAGCCGUGAGUGUGAACCACCUGGACGUCGCCCCACGCCAUGCGGGCGCCAUCUUUGGCCUCGGCAACACCUUUGCGACGCUGGCCGGGCUGGUCUCGACCCCUUUGACAGGCUUCCUGCUGGAUCGCACCGGCUCCUGGGAGGUGGUCUUUUCCGUGAUUACGCUCCAUUAUGUCGUGGGCGCCCUGGCGUUCGUGGCCUUUGCGGGUGAGACUCCCUUGAAGGAGGACCAGAGCUGAGAAGCUCCGGGCGCUCGGACCGAGGCGCGGUCCACGGAGCUGGAGGGUUUUCUUUUUCUCGACCUGUGGAUCAGCUUGUGUGUUUAGUUGGGAUGCACCCAACAGCUUGGCAUUCUGCCCUGCAGAUGGCUGGACACGCACUGAGCUGAAAUGAACGUGCAGAUGGCAAAGUCUGGCUUCUCCAAGAAUCAUGGGUGGUGAAGGAGACAUCACACGUUCAC